AUGGCUCGCACUUGUAAAGUAUUUCGAUGGAUUUGUAAGGCUGGAGAUGCUACUAUAUGCCGACGGCCAAAACUAGACGAUGAUAAUAAUAGUAUAAUUUUUUCAAAUACAUCGGAUAUAGAAUAUACACAUACAACGAGAUGCAAGCAUAAACCCUCUAAUACACGCGAAACAGGUGAAAGGGAAAUAUGGAGAAAUAAAGUGGGAGGUGACUUUACUCCAACAGGCUCAUUAAAAGAUAGAGGGAAGAAAAAGCAUAAAAGCCUUCCCGCAUGGAGGAAUUCUCUUAAUGCAGGUGGAAGCUCAAAGAAGCUUGGUCUCGUCGUUGAUACUCGUCGAUUUUGCAUGGUAGAUCCAUUCAACCCGACUAUUAACAGAAAGAGUUUUGUAUUUGACACUACGUGGAACAUAACUGCUUAUUUUACUUCAACUGACAACAACAAUAUUAACCCCAACAUUACAGUUGAUAAUAAUAGUGAUAAAAAAAGUUUUUUAGAUUAUUUGGGUGAAGAAAGUCCUGCUACUAUAUUGAUUGCUAAAAAGGAAAAUUUGGCGAGAAAUAGUAGAUUUAGUAUGCAACCGGUUCGUCGUAAUAAUAGUAACAGACGUUCCAUAGCAAAAGAUAUAAGGGAAGUUCGAACAUUUCGAUGGGAAAAUCGAAAUUACGAUCGUGAAAAGACUAGCUCUCAAUUAUAUGAACUUUAUGAGAAGUACAAUGAUUCUCCUUUAGUCGAUCUUCAGAACAAACCAUUACCUCCCGUACCCAAUGACAAUGUGAACACACUUGAUUUUCAAAAUGAUGAUUAUGAUUAUAACUUUCGUCAAAGCAUCAUCGAGGACUCAGAGUUACAAUCCAUAAUAGACACUUUAUCUUUCAUAUCAGAAUAUCAUAGUAUAAUAGAAGCUCCGGAUGAUGUUUUUGAUAAUAAUUCAUCGCAUUACACGCCCACAAGUACGGCUCGUGAAUCAUUUUCCGAAUUAUUAAUUGAUGACGACACUAUACCAAAUCCAUUUGAAGAUGUUUCUGGUGUACCUUUAGCCAUUCUGUCUACAAAUUCGGCAAGAGAUUCAAUGAAUUCAAUGAAAACGUUACCUGUUGAGGUGCAAAUGUGUUUAUCUUGUAAAAGAAAGACGACGGAUAGUGGUUAUAGCAUCCAGUGGUGUAAAGCGUGUGAAAUGAAAAGGUUCGAACAACAAUUUGAAUCAUGGUCAAGUGGAAAUGAUGACGUUGAUAUUUUCAUCUUGGAAAGUCAAUUAAAUUCAUCAAGUUACUUUGAUUAUUUGGAAUGGAUAUCUUUUGAUAGAUUACAAGAUAUUGAAUUAGUUGAUGCUGGUGAUUACGGUUGCGUAUUUCAAGCCAUUUGGAAAGAUGGUCCUCGUGAGAGAUGGGACAUGAAUAACAGUCAAUACGUUCGAUGUGCCGAAUGGAUUUGUGAAAUAUCGGAAAAUACAUCUUCGGAAAUUUCAAUCCAAUUUCAACAAUCGGAAGAAAAACGUCUUGAAAGUGUAAAUUCUCAAUCAGAAGAAGGAUGUGUAAUAAAUGAAGAUGAUAUUCACCCAGGGGCUGUAUAUACUAGUAGAUUCUUUAAUUUUGAAAAUCUUCAUGAACCAAAUGUAAUAUUCUCUAAAUCUCUUGAUCCUAAAGAUCAUUUAGCAAUACGACAAUAUAUUGCAAAUGAAACAAAGUAUUAUAAUCUUAAAAUUAAUAGUUUGAAAGCGGAAAGUAGUAAUAUUGCUGCUGAGGUCUAUGAUAUAUUGCAGUAUUGGUAA